ACAGCACAAAUGACUGUUUGUCGACUAAUAGUCGACUUUUUUCAGUCGACUUAAAGUCAGCUGUUAAAGUCGACAUUUAGCCGACUAUUUCCAGGAUGAUUUUUGUCGACUUUAAAUUGUCGACUUUAAGUCAACAAUUUAAAGUCGACAAAAAUUAUACUAGAAAUAGUCGGCUAAAUGUCGACUUCGAAAGUCAAAAGUAGUGCGCGCGUGACAUGCGAUCGCCGCGAUUUCAUCCUGUCGAUCGUCUCUGUGUGUGUGUGCCCAUUGUGCCUCCCGCGUGCCGGCUUUUUGUUCCAACUGUGCAAUAUUUAUCAAGCUUAUCUUGUGCAAUAGAGGCGGUGCUAAUUCUGCAGUCUUAUUGUUAGCCGAAACAAAAUAUCUGCAUGAAGCAGUACGAAAGACGAAGCGCCGGCGAAUUUGAUUAUUGACUAUUGAGCGAAGCAGCACGUACGAUACAUAAUCAAGAAUGACGUUCUACGUUUUGCUUUAUAACAAUUACUGUGUAACAGUACCAAUAAUUUGGAUUAACUUUGAACAGUCUUCUUUUAAAAUGCCUGCGACAAAAAAUCUUACUCAAUCUUGUCGGAAGCAAUUGUCACCACAUGAUGAUUGGAACGAAUUUAAAUUUCAUAAACAUUUUGGUCCGUAUGAUAUCUACUUAAGUGCACGGUCAGUUGAACAAGCAGUAGCCCAAAUGUCUACAUCAGAUGACAAUAUUGUCUUACAGGAAGAAACAAAGAAUAUUGCGAAAAAAAGAUUGAUUAAAGCCCGAAAAUUUUAUGGCGACACAUCGAAUGAAGAUGAACCAAAAAAGAAGAAAAUUAUAAAAUUCCCGUCGAAUUACAUUCCAGAAAGUGGAAAGAGUGUUUCUCAAUUAUCAAGCCAGCCGAUUAAUGAAUCAUCGACAAUUACUAACCUAGCAUGCGGAUCUAUUAAAGCAAACGACGAGGCUUUAACCAACGUGCCAACCAAAAGUGUCAACGAUAUUAAUGAACCUGAGAUCAGUGAUGAAAUAUUGGAAACUAAUUUUGUAGACGUAAACUCAUUAGAUUCAUACGAAGAUGAGUCAUCAUGUAGUGACACAGAAAUGCAAAAAAUGACACACGAGAAGCAAGAAAGUCGAAAAGUUGUAAAAGGGAACGUAACAGCUCGACCAACAAUUGUAUCACAACUGAUUAUUCUUCCUUCCACGAGCAAUGAUGACACUAAUGUAUUAAAUAUAAUACAAAAUAAAGAAAAUAUUGAAAAUAAUUCAAUGACAUUGGAGCAUUCAUUUUGUUGUGAAAAAUGCCGCAAAAAUUACUUGGUCAAAUUUGUGACAAUUGAACGAAAACUCAAUCGGAUCAUUCAUUUUCUAGAAAAUGAAAAUAAUGUAACGAAUAACGGAAUGAAAUAGAACAAGACGAUGUGUCGUUGUUACCAAAUUUUCCUCUCACUACAGUUGAAUAAACAGAAAUGUUCAAUAACAGAUUGGAAGAUAUUAAUGUUCGGCGACAAUUU